ACACGGAAAGAAGCAGAUAUGGGCUUGGAAAUGCUCCCGGAUGAAAUCGUUNUUUCCCUAACGAACCAAUGGCCAUGCAGAGAUUUGCAGAUCAAGACUCUUUCCGCUCUCCUUUCUCCUAGACUGAACAGUUCGGGAACGUUGGUUGUACAUGGUUCAGAGGCUACUGGGAAGACAGGCCUGUUGAAAUCUUACUUGGAGCUUUCUGGUCUCAAACAUGCUUUCGUUCCAUGCUCCGAGUGCAUUACAAGCCGUCAUUUCCUGGAACGAACUCUGGCGGUUUGUGUAGAGGCAAUCGAAACAGCAACCAACACAUCUCUGGAUGGCAUCAUUGCUUCAAGGUGUGAGAAUAUUAGCACCCUGACAAGCUCUCUAGAACGUCUUNUUGAAGGCACCGACAAGUUUGUGUUGGUUCUAGAUGGCAUCGACGAGCAAAGAGAUGCUCCUCCCACUCUACUGCCAUCUCUCGCACGUCUUGGUCAACUUAUUCCCAGCCUCAGUGUUGUGAUGAUCGUCACUUUCCCUCAUCCACGUCUACUCCAUCUGCCAGGUGCACCACAUAUUUAUUUUUCGCCUUAUACUCGCGAACAAGCCAUUCAAAUCGCUUGCUGUCAACCACAACAAAUCUUCAAUGAGCCUCUAUCACCAUCUGCGAACUACUCCGAAGCAUUAGCUGCCGAAGACGAUGCAUGGCUUUGGUCGCGAUUCUGUGCUGCUGUCUGGGAUUCGUUAGCAAGUGGUGCAGCUCGGGAUAUCGUCACCUUCAGAUCCAUCCUCGACAAACUCUGGCGGCCCUUUGUACAACCAAUCGUUGAUGGCACCUAUGGCACUCGAGACUUCAGUAAACUCAUGGUAGCACAACGUAAACUCUUCCAAGCGGAAAGCUGUCUAUUAGAUUCGGUUAUCGAUGAGCCUCAAGAGGAUACAAACAUACUCACCGAUGUCACCCAUGAUCUGCCCUACUACUCGAAGUGGCUGCUAUGUGCUGCGUAUCUUGCAUCCCNNUUCAACCCCCCACGUCAAGACAAUAUCUACUUCAUGAAGGCCACGNGAACGAAAGCGACGCAGAAAGGAGGCGGCGCCAUCGCUAGCCGCGAAUCAAAGAAUCGAAAGAUUCCAAGGCAUCUUCUUUCACCCAGCCCCUUUCCGCUUGAUAGACUACUCGCCAUUCUCCACGCGGUGUUACCACACGACCUCACGCCGACAAUGGAUAUCUACACACAACUGGCCACGCUGUGUUCUUUGAGAUUGCUUCUGAGAACGGCAGUCGUUGGUGGCGAUGUGCUGGAGCCAGGCGCUAAAUGGAAGGUCAACUUCGGCUGGGAAUACGCAUUGAAGUUGGCUCGUAGUGUAGGCUUUGAUAUUACAGAUCAUGUAGCUGAAUAG